AUGGACGGCGCCGCCUCGGACAACUUACUCGAUCCGCCGCCGCGACUAUACGAGCGUCUUCGCCAGAUUGCCGGAUACUCUUGGGAUGAGUCCAUACCACCCUUUCACUCUACAUACGAUUUCUGGCACUGCAAUGCCUCCAGCCCGGGCGAUAACCACCACGAUUACGUGACAUUCCAGCAUCAGCAGCAGCAGCAUCAGCAGCAGCAGCAUCAGCAGCAGGCACAGGCGCAAGCGACGAAUUUCUCCUCCCCACCGCUCGAUGCGCACACGAUAGAGGAGCCCGUCGUGGCUCGCCUCUCAUACAACGGCCUCAGGGAAGAGCGCGCCUUCCACAUUACAAAGAGCCUCACCACCACCGCCGACCCCACCGGCGAGCACAUCGUCAAGCCCAUCGACCUCAUCCGCCUCACCCCCGUGCCCGGAGACCGCGGCAUCGUCACCGUCGCCAUCUACGACUACUUUGGCGACAACUACCUCGCCAAGGUCCUCGACAUGGGCCCUAACUGGUACAGCGCCCGCAAGCAGGGCGACUCCUACGUCGCCUACCGCAAGCUCAACCCCAAGUUGGAGAAGCCCAUCAGCCUGCCGCAGUUCCUCGACUUCGCCAUCGGCGCCUCCAAGUGCCUCGAGAUCCUCCAUCACGGCCAGGGCAUCGUCCACGGCGAGCUGCGCGGCGACGCCUUCCACUUCAACGCCGACGAGGGCAAGGUCCGCAUCGCCAACUUUGGCAGCGGCGUCCGCUCCUUCGAGCACGGCCUGACCAGUAGCGGCUGGUCCAUGCUGUCCAGGGAGCCCGGCGCCAAGAACAAGCUGCUCUACAUCAGCCCCGAGCAGACCGGCCGCAUGCCCGCCGAGCCCGACAGCAGGACCGACAUCUACGCCCUCGGCGUCCUCUUCUGGAUGCUCCUGACCCAGCAGCCCGUGUACAACGGCGACACGCCGCUCGACAUCGUCCAGGGCGUCCUCGGCCGCAGGGUCCCCAGCGUCUCCGAGUUCCGCAUGGAUGUCCCCGACGCCCUCGGCCGCAUCAUCCAGAAGUGCACCUCCAAGAAUAUCACCGACAGGUACCACUCGGCUAGCGGCCUGCGCCACGACCUCGUCAAGGUCCAGGAGCUCCUCGUCAACGGCGACCUGGACGCCCUCGGCAGGAUGGAGAUCGGCUCCAAGGACGUCUCGUCCUUCUUCAUGCUCCCCACCGACAUGAUUGGCCGCCAGAAGGAGAGGGACGACCUCAUCAAGGUCAUCGACCGCGUCGCCCAGAACCACGCCAUGAGCAAGAAGACCUCCAGCCUGACCAGCCACUACUCCGACGGCUCCAACCUCUCGGUCGACGUCGCCGGCUUCGACGAGCGCUCCAGCGACGGCGGCGCCAGCUCCAUCGACGGGAACCGCCAGAGCGGCGGCUCCUUCACCUACACGGCCUCGUCCGACCCCACAAAGGCCAUGAGGACCAGCGCCGCCAGCCUCGGCGCCGGCGCCAGCGCCCUCCAGUCCUUCCAGUUCGACGUGCUCGCCGGCUCGGCCGACGGCGCCCUCAUGCAGUCCUCGACCCCGACCCGGGUGGCCCGCCCCUGGGAGAGGCACCAGUCCCUGUCGCAGGACACCCGCAGCCUCGUCGACAGCACCGAGGGGAACCGCUACAGCGGCGCCACCGACUCGGGCGCCUCGAGCCUGUCGAGGCAGCUCGGCAACGCCAAGUUCAGGCGCCGCGGGCACUGCGAGGUCGUCAUCGUCGAGGGUGCCGGCGGUCUGGGCAAGAGCUGCCUCAUCCAGAGCAUCCUCGCCGACGCCAGGCGUCGCGGCUACUGCGCCACGGCCAAGUUCGACACGUCGCGCAAGACGGCCUUCGGCCCGCUCCUCAAGCUCCUCUCCUCGCUCUUCAAGCAGGUCUGGGGCGAGCGCAACACCGAGACGCCCUUCCACCAGGGCCUCAAGCAGUACAUCCGUCCCGUCUGGCCCAUGCUCCACCGCGUCCUGGGCUUGCCAGAGUUCCUCCUCGGCCCGCCCGACCCGUCCGCGGCCAUCACCGCCACCCCACGCUCCGUCUCCUCGCAGGGUUCCGGCAUCCGCAACAGUGCCAGCGCCGCCGUCGGCGGCGGGGGCAGCAGCGCCACCCGCGGUGGCCCCGGUAAGCGUCGCGGGUCGUCGCCCGGGAGCUCGCCGGCGCUCCUGCCCCAGGGCCCGACGGAGCCGGGCAUCCGCGCCUCCGCGCCCCCCACCGCCCCCACCAAGUCGAUACGCCUGAUGAACACCUUCCUCGACGUCGUCCGCGUCUUCACCGCCCACAAGUUCAUCUGCUUCUGCAUCGAGGACCUGCACUUCGCCGACGACGAGUCGCUCGAGCUCAUCAGCCAGAUCAUCGCCGCCCGCCUCAAGAUGGUCGUCGUCGUCACCUACCGCUCCAACGAGUUCUCCUCCGAGAGCAUGCACAGGAUACUCUACCCGGAGACGGACGAGGUGCUCCCCCGUCUCCAGGGCCCCACCGUCACCCGGAUCACCCUCUCCCCCCUGAGCGAGGACGACAUCGUCUACUACGUCUCGGAGACGCUCUGCCGGCCGCGCGACGACAUCCUGUCGCUGGCCCUCGUCAUACAGUCCAAGACGGCCGGAAACCCCUUCUACAUCCGCGAGAUGCUGAGCGCGUGCUACCGCAAGAAGUGCAUCUGGUACGACUACCGGGACAGCAUGUGGCACUUUGACCUGGAACGGCUGUUCGAGCAGUUCCGCGGCGAGAAGGACUACGACGUCCUGGACACGGGCUUCAUCACCCGCCGCCUCGACGAGCUGCCCCCGGCGGCGCGCUCCAUGCUCGCCUGGGCCGCCCUGCUGGGCAACAGCUUCUCCUUCGAGCUCGUCUGCCGCCUCAUGAGCGGCGAGUUCGAGUACGCGGACGAGACGUGGCUGGACUGCUGCGACGACCAGGACCGCAGAGGCUACACGCAGGCCCAGGCCGUCGACGGCCUCCAGGCCGCCCUCCAGGCCUACGUCAUCGUCGCCAGCGAGAACGACGACCGCUUCUCCUUCGCCCACGACCGCUUCGUCCACGCCGCCGCCGACCUCAAGGAGUGCAGCGCCCGGAGGAUGCACUUCAUCAUCGCCCAGACCCUGCUCAAGUACUACCUCGAGGACGCCCGCCUCAUGGACUCGACGGCCUUCCACAUCUGCGAGGCGGCCGACAUCAUCAAGCUCCGCGUCGCGCACCGCCGCGCCUUCCGCAGGCAGCUCGCCGACUGCGCGCGCUCGGCCGCCGACAACGGCGCCAGGCCGUCGGCCGUCAAGUACUACGGCACCGCCCUGAAGCUGCUCCAGCCCGACCCGUGGAACGAGGGUGCCGAGGACGUCGACUACGACGAGACAAUCGAGCUCCACAUCCGCGCGACCGAGUGCCACCUCUACAUGGGCCAGCACCAGGCCGCCCACGAGACCCUCGCCGUCAUACUCAGGCACGCCAAGACGGCCAUAGACAAGGCCCCGGCCUACGUCCUGCAGUCGCGCCUCUUCUCCCAGGCCGGCAACGUCCAGGGCGUCGAGUCCUCGCUCCGGGAGUGCCUGGCGGCCCUCGGCGUGGAGCUCGACGAGGAGCCCACCUACGACAAGUGCGACGCCAAGUUCGGGCAGCUCUCGGCCAGGGUCGAGUCCAUGGACCGCCCCGCCCUCCUCGGCCUGACCGCCGCGGAGGACCGCACGCUGUCCGCGGUCGGGGCCGUCCUGUCUGAGGCCACCGGCUCCGCCUGGUGGAGCGACUCCCUGCGCUACUACUACCUCGCCCUCCUCAUGCUCGAGAUGCACCUCACCCGGGGCGCCUUCCCCCAGUCGAGCAUGGCCUUCCUCCACUCGGCCGUCGUCGCCCUCUGCCGCUUCGGCACGGCCCCGCUGGCCGUCUACCUGGCCUCCGUCUCGCAGGAGCUGCUGCAGCACAGCACCGACCCGAUGACCGUCGCGCGGGGGCUGAUGCUGUACCCCUGCCUCUUCGGCCACGUCGCGGCGCCCAUGUCCCAGACCCUCGCCCAGGCCGAGGACGCGGUCGACUUCGCCACCAACACGGGCGACCGGAUGUCCAUCGUGCUCAGCUACGGCAUCUACGCCCUGACCAAGCUAUUCGCCCACGAGAACGUGGCCGACCUCGAGGCCUUCUGCCAGUACGGCUGCGAGGAGAUCGUCAACUGGACCCUCGACACCCAGGGAGGGGCCGUCCUGCUCGUCGUGAGGCAGGUGGCCCGCGCCUUCCAGGGCAAGACCAACAUCCGGGACCCGCUCGAGGUCCUGAGCGACCAGCAGCACAGCACGGCCGCGUACAAGGCCUGGCUGUCGUCGCAGAUGCAGUACAGCGCCCGCUCGGUGCUCAUGUACGAGACGCUCGAGCUGAUACCGCUCUUCCUGUACGGCCACUACGACCGCGCCGUCGAGGUGGGCAGGCGCUGCCUGGAGUCGCUGCCCCUGAUCCGCACCCUACGCAACAGCCGGUCCCUCCUCCUCUUCUACGGCCUGGCCCGAGCCGGCCAGCAUCUGCGCCAGAUGCAGGACCCGCGCGGGCCGCCCGGCCCGCCCGACGACUUCCGGGCGCACCUGGACUCGGUGGUGGCCGACCUGCGCACCUUUGUCGGCAUGAUGCGGGACUGGGCCGCCGUGUACGACGCCAACUACUUCUCCUGGAUCAAGAUCCUCGAGGCCCAGAUCCUCGAGCUCACCGGCGACCUCGGCCAGGCCGUCCAGCACUACGAGGAGGCCCUGGACCACGCGGCCGAGCACGAGUUCGUCUUCGACGAGGCCCUGGCCAACUACCUCAUGGCCGGCUACUUCCUCCGCCGCAAGGCCCGCAGGUCCGCCCGCGCCGCCCUGCUGGAUGCCGUGGGGCUGUACCGCCAGGUGGGCGCCACGGGCGCGGCCGACUUCAUCGAGGAGGAGCACAGCCUGCUGCUGCACGGGCCGACGCGCAACCAUCGGACGCUCGACGCCGGCGUCCAGACCGACUUCGUCACCGACACGGCGCCCGUGCAGUACCGGGCCGUCGACGGCGGCGACGGCCCCGUGGCCGACGACGUCAUGGCGCCGCCCGCCUCGUCCAACGCCCUCUCGGAGGCCAAGGGCGACCGCAUCGGUGCCUGGAGGAACUCGACCAACAUGCAGGCCGAGGCCGGCGCCGGCCUGCCCGCCCUCGACAUCAUCGACCUCCACACCAUCCUGGUCAGCUCCCAGGUCAUCUCGUCGGUGCUGCAGAUCGACCAGCUCCUCAAGACGAUGAGCGACGUGAUACUGCAGACGUGCGGCAGCUCGGCCACGCUGGCCGCCAUCGUCGUCCAGGGGAGCAGCGGCGACGACGGCGACUCGGGCUGGUGCGUGGCCGCCAGCGGCGAGCCGGAGAAGGGGGCGUCGGCGCACAGGCCGGCCCUCUCGCUGUCGGGGACGCCCUUCAUCGCCGAGAACGUGGUGCUGUACUGCACGCGCUUCCUCGAGCCCGUCUUCAUCCCGGACCUGAUCUCGGACGAGCGGUUCGGCAACGUCAGCGACGACUGGCUGCGGGAGAACCCGGCCGGCAGGGCCAUCAUCGCCAUCCCGAUCAAGCACGGCGACAACCCGCUGCACGGCGUGGUGUACCUCGAGGGCCAGCCGGGCUCGUUCACGGACCGCAACGUGACGGUCCUGCAGCUGCUGGUGGUGCAGCUGAGCAUCAGCUACUCCAACGCGGUGGCGAUGAAGAACGUGGAGAAGAUCUCGGCCGAGAACCGCAGCAUGGUGUCGGUGCAGCAGCGGGCGCUGGCCAAGGCGCGCGAGGCCGAGACCAAGGCCAAGAACGCCGAGGCCGAGGCCAAGAGGAACGUCAAGCUGGCCGAGGAGGCGGCCCGGGCCAAGUCGAUCUUCCUGGCCAACGUGUCGCACGAGCUCCGGACGCCGCUCAACGGCGUCAUCGGCAACUCGGAGCUGCUGCGCGACAGCAACCUGAACCGGGAGCAGCAGGAGAUGGCCGACUCGAUCCGCGUGUCGGCCGACCUGCUGCUGACCGUCAUCAACGACAUACUCGACUUCUCCAAGAUGGAGGCGGACAAGAUGAAGCUGUACAUCAUCGCCUUCAACCCCGAGGAGAUGGUGCGCGAGGUGGUGCGGGCGGUGUCGUACAGCAACCGUGAGAAGACGUCGAAGAAGAAUGUCAAGAUCGUCCAGGACAUCAACCUGCCGCCCAUGCUCAUCUACGGAGACCCGAUCCGGCUCCACCAGGUGCUGGGCAACCUGAUCGGCAACAGCCUCAAGUUCACCGAGGACGGCUCCAUCACCAUCGGUGCCAGGCUCAACUCGGAGACGGAGGAGAGCGCGACGCUGACGUUCUGGGUGCGCGACACGGGCAUCGGCAUCCCGCCGCAGCAGCUGGCCAAGCUGUUCCAGCCCUUCAGCCAGGCCGACGCCAGCACGGCCAGGAAGUACGGAGGCAGCGGUCUCGGGCUCAGCAUCUGCAAGUCCCUCAUCGAGACGAUGAUGAAGGGCAAGAUCCAGCUCGAGAGCGAGGAGACGGUGGGCACGACGGCCUGGUUCACCGUCUCAUUCGACAAGGCCAAGUCGGACGUGCUGGCGGGCGACGCCCAGUCCAAGUCGCCGCCGCCGGUCGGCCGGUCGUCGUCGUCGUCGUCGUCGGCGGCGGCGGCGGUGGCGGUGCGGCCCCGCGGCGGAGGUUUCGCGUCGGCGAUGCUGUCGCCGACUUCGCCGGACGGCCCGACCUCGUCGGACCAGUACCUCGACCUGUCGGAGAUAUCCAAGGAGGACGUGCGCAUCUGCGUGGCCGAGGACAACCCCAUCAACCAGAAGAUCGCGAUCCAGUACGUCCAGCGUCUGGGGUACACGAGGGUGAGCGCGUACGAGAACGGGCUGAAGGCGGUCGAGGGCCUCCGGCAACAGGCCAACGAGGGCAACCCGUACCACAUCGUCCUGAUGGACGUGCAGAUGCCCGUGCUGGACGGGUACGAGGCGACCAAGCUGAUCCGCAAGGACCCGAUCGAGGCGGUGCGCAAGAUCCUCGUCAUCGCCAUGACGGCUUCGGCCAUCCAGGGUGACCGGGAGAAGUGCCUGGCGGCCGGCAUGAACGACUACCUGGCCAAGCCGGUGCGGUCCGAGGUGCUCAAGAAGAAGCUCGACGCGUACCUCGGCACACAGGAAAGUACCGGCCCUGCCACCGGCUCCGUCGCCGAUACCGGCACCGCAGGUCUCGCCGACAUCGACGGCACCGGGGGCAUCGAGGGCACCGACACCGACGCGCACGAGCACCGACGGAUCCGGCGACGACACGCCCGGCCUCGAGGUCCCUGCUCCAGGAGGAGCGGCACAGGGACCGGGACACACGCAGUCGGUAAAGGACUAUCUGAUCAGGAGCGCGUCGAACACGAGCCUAGCACUCAGCCGGACGCUGAGCGACGGCAGCCGCGCCGCGGCGGUCGCCUCGUCGUCGUCGGACCACCAGGCGGGCGACGUAUCCCCCUCGGGCUCGGGCUCGGUCUCGGGCUCGGGCCCAGGCACGAUGCACAUCGCUCAGCAGGGACUGUCGGUCUCGGUGCCGUCGUCGUCGGCGGCGGCGGCGGCAAAGAGACAGCCACGCAAGCUGACCAAGGUUCGACCGGGCGAAGCCAGCACGGAGAGGUCAGAGCUGGAAGCGUCGCAGGCCAGAUCCCACAGCGACACGGCGGUUGA